AUGAACCUACUAAGCUUAAACGAUUUUUUGGCUCUGAUAGAGUCUUUCCCUAAAAGAGAUCUUCUAAGCCCUCAAGAAGCUUCAAAGCUUCUCCUUAUCAUUACUGAGCUUCUCGUUGACCAUAAUGUGGAACCAGCUUUGCUCAAGUUUUUAAGCAGAUUUUUAACUCAACAGUCAUAUGAUGACAUUGUGGAGGAGAGGAAUAUAGAGCAUGAAUGUGGUUACAUACUAUGCAACAAUGCACCUCAACAGAGAGUUCGUCGAUUAUCGGCUAACGGUAAUGGUACCAUUUCAGCGUCGUUGAAUGAUCCUACAGCUUCGACGAAAUUUCAAAUAUAUAACAGAAAGCCUUCAAUGAUUCUUCCAAACACUUACUUAAGCCAGUAUUGUUGCAAGGAGCACUACCAAGCAUCAUUAUUCUAUCGAAAUCAACUUUCUAGUGAGGCCAUGUUUGCGAGAAAAGAUAUUUUGAUUGCAUCUCCAUUCCCACCGAAUUAUCCUUCGACUUGGUAUGAAAACGGAAUCACAUGUUUAGAGGAAGUGCUAGCAAAGCAUGCUGAGUUAAAGGGGCAAGGAAAGACUUUGAGUGAUGUGAUCACCAUGAUGAAUGGUCUUAGUAUGGCCGAUGGCCACCCUAGUGAUGAAACGAAUGAUUUAAUUAAAUUGGUGGAAGAUUUUCAGAUAAUUGAGAGAGAUGGUGAUACAAACGAUGAUGACAAUGAAUUAAACGACUAUGACAAUUAUGACAAGAAUAAGCUUUCAAAAUCUACCGAUGAUUAUCUUACUAGCAAUAAAAGCUUUGGAGGCUAUGUAGUAUAA